CGAGUGCGGCCGUUGGGGGUGAGGCCGCGUCGGGGCAGGACAACAAAGGGCCGCGGGCUGCGGGCGGCGGUGUCCCAGUCUCCCGGUGCUUCCCUCAGGCCGAGGCGCCCGGCCUCCCGCCCGCAGCGCUCCAGAUGAAGUGUGAGCACUGCACGCGCAAGGAAUGUAGUAAGAAAACAAAAACUGAUGACCAAGAGAAUGUGUCAGCCGAUGCACCGAGUCCAGCCCAGGAAAAUGGAGAGAAGGGAGAAUUCCACAAGCUGGCUGAUGCCAGGAUAUUUUUGAGUGACUGCCUGGCAUGUGACAGCUGCGUGACUGCAGAGGAAGGAGUCCAGCUUUCCCAGCAAAAUGCCAAGGACUUCUUCCGCGUUCUGAACCUUAACAAGAAAUGUGACACCUCAAAGCACAAAGUGCUGGUAGUGUCUGUGUGUCCUCAGUCUUUGCCUUAUUUUGCUGCUAAAUUCAACCUCAGUGUAACUGAUGCUUCCAGAAGAGUCUGUGGCUUCCUCAGAAGUCUUGGGGUGCACUAUGUGUUUGAUACGAGGAUAGCUGCGGAUUUUAGUAUCCUGGAGAGCCAAAAAGAAUUCGUGCGUCGCUAUCGCCAGCACAGUGAGGAGGAACGCACGCUGCCCAUGCUGACCUCUGCCUGUCCUGGUUGGGUCCGAUACGCCGAGCGGGUGCUGGGUCGUCCCAUCACUGCUCACCUCUGCACCGCCAAGUCCCCCCAGCAGGUGAUGGGCUCUUUGGUGAAGGAUUAUUUCGCCAGACAGCAGAACCUGUCUCCAGAGAAGAUUUUCCACGUCAUCGUGGCCCCUUGUUAUGACAAGAAGCUAGAGGCUCUUCAGGAAGGCUUUCCCCCCGCUUUGCAUGGCUCCCGGGGCGCUGACUGUGUGUUAACAUCAGGUGAAAUUGCUCAAAUAAUGGAGCAAGGUGACCUCUCAGUGAAGGAUGCUGCCGUCGACACUCUGUUUGGAGACUUGAAGGAGGACAAGGUGACGCGCCAUGAUGGAGCCAGCUCGGACGGGCACCUGGCACACAUCUUCAGACAUGCGGCCAAGGAGCUGUUCAACGAGGAUGUAGAGGAGGUCACUUACCGAGCCCUGAGAAACAAAGACUUCCAAGAGGUCACCCUUGAGAAGAAUGGGGAGGUGGUGUUACGCUUUGCUGCAGCCUAUGGCUUUCGAAACAUCCAGAACAUGAUCCUGAAGCUUAAGAAAGGAAAGUUCCCGUACCACUUUGUGGAGGUCCUCGCCUGUGCUGGAGGAUGCUUAAAUGGCAGAGGCCAAGCCCAGACUCCAGAUGGACACGCGGAUAAGGCCCUGCUGCGGCAGAUGGAAGGCAUUUACGCUGACAUCCCUGUGCGGCGUCCGGAGUCCAGUGCACACGUGCAGGAGCUGUACCAGGAGUGGCUGGAGGGGAUCAACUCCCCCAAAGCCCGAGAGGUGCUGCACACCACAUACCAGAGCCAGGAGCGCGGCGCACACAGCCUGGACAUCAAGUGGUGAAGUCAGGCCAGGGCCUUCCAGCUGCUUUUGGGGCCAGAGCCACUCUCAGUAGAGGGAGGGGCUGCCUUGACUGGAGUAUUAAAGACACUUAAGAAAACUGCUCAA